UCCCCUGCAAUCUGUACACAAGAGAAGGAGGGAGAGAGAGGGAAAGAGGCAGACAGCAGAGGAUCAGGUAAGGCACGGGGGUCGCUGCAGCCACUCAGCCUCAAAAGCUGGGCAACUGCCAAGGAUGCAGAAGGAAAUGAAGAUGGUCAAGGACGAAGACAUGCAUUUCAACGUGGGCGUGAAGAGGGGCCCCUCUUUCCCGCACUGUCUGCAGCCAGCGGUCUCUCGAGGAAAAGCACCCGCAAGACUCCCCUUCCCAGAAGCCCUCCGGGGCCCCUUCUCCCAGUUUCGCUAUGAACCUCCGCCAGGGGACCUCGACGGCUUCCCGGGGGCCUUCGAAGGCGGAGGGUCUCGUAAACGGAAGAGCAUGCCCACCAAGAUGCCUUGCGCCCCGACGGCAGAGGAAGGCGGCCUGGCCCCGCAGGCAGACGACAGCAAACCCCAGGCCACGCCCAACCUCCCGCUGCUCUUCCCGCAGCCACAGCGCCCCAAGUACGACUCGCAGAUGAUCGACCUGUGCAACGUGGGCUUCCAGUUCUACCGCACACUGGAGCCCCUCGGCGGCAAGCCGGUGAAGCAGGAGCCAGUGAAGCCCAGCGCUGUGUGGCCCCAGCCCGCGGCCCCGCCCUUCCUGCCUGGCCCCUACCCCUACUACCCCAAGGUCCCGGCCGGCCUCCUGUUCCCCUUCUUCGUGCCCGCGUCCUCCCCGUACCCCUUUGGCCGCCACGCCUUCCUGCCCAAGCCCACGCCCGAGCCGCGUGCGCCCCGGCCGGCCGAGGCGCGGGAGGGCGACGAGGCCAAGCAGAAGGUGGAGCGCGUGGACGUGAACGUGCAGAUCGACGACAGCUACUACGUGGACGUGGGCGGCGCGCAGAAGCGCUGGCAGUGCCCCACGUGUGAGAAGUCCUACACGUCCAAGUACAACCUGGUCACGCACAUCCUGGGCCACAGCGGCAUCAAGCCGCACGCCUGCGCGCGCUGCGGGAAGCUCUUCAAGCAGCUCAGCCACCUGCACACGCACAUGCUCACGCACCAGGGCACGCGGCCGCACAAGUGCCAGGUGUGCCACAAGGCCUUCACGCAGACCAGCCACCUGAAGCGCCACAUGAUGCAGCACAGCGAGGUGAAGCCGCACAACUGCCGCGUGUGCGGCCGCGGCUUCGCCUACCCCAGCGAACUCAAGGCGCACGAGGCCAAGCACGCCAGCGGGCGCGACAACAUCUGCGUGGAGUGCGGCCUCGACUUCCCCACCCUGGCCCAGCUCAAGCGCCACCUCACCACGCACCGGGGCCCCAUCCAGUACAACUGCUCCGAGUGCGACAAGACCUUCCAGUACCCCAGCCAGCUGCAGAACCACAUGAUGAAGCACAAGGACAUCCGGCCCUACAUCUGCUCCGAGUGCGGCAUGGAGUUCGUGCAGCCGCACCACCUCAAGCAGCACUCGCUCACGCACAAGGGCGUGAAGGAGCACAAGUGUGGCAUCUGCGGGCGGGAGUUCACCCUGUUGGCAAACAUGAAGAGGCACGUGCUGAUCCACACCAACAUCCGGGCCUACCAGUGUCACCUCUGCUACAAGAGCUUUGUACAGAAACAGACCCUCAAGGCGCACAUGAUCGUCCACUCGGACGUGAAGCCUUUCAAAUGCAAGCUAUGUGGGAAGGAGUUCAACCGCAUGCACAACCUCAUGGGACACAUGCACCUGCACUCCGACAGCAAACCCUUCAAAUGCCUUUACUGCCCCAGCAAGUUCACACUGAAGGGCAACCUGACACGCCACAUGAAGGUCAAGCAUGGGGUCAUGGAGAGGGGCCUGCACGCUCAAGGUUUUGGAAGGGGAAGACUUGCCCUGGGACAGACGGGGGUCCUGAGGAGUCUAGAGCAGGAGGAGCCCUUCGACCUUUCCCAGAAGCGCCCAGGGAAGGGGCCAGCAUUCCAGUCUGAUCAGGAGAGCGCCAGGGGCAGCUCCUGCCAUGAGGAAGAAGAGGAGGAAGAUCACUGCUAUGAUGUUGAACAGGAAGGCCCAGCCCUGGCACCCCAGGGUCUGUCUGCCGAGGUUGAGCAGGCCCCCAGGGCACUCGGGGAAGCCAGUGAGGAGGAGAAGGAGGAUGAGCAGAGUGGAGGUCAGGAGAAGAGCAAGGACAGUGGUGGGGCAGAGGACGGCCAGGAGGGAGACCUGGAUCCCAGAGAAGAAUCUGUCAGCCUCAGGCACCUGCAGGGCACUCGGAGGGGCUCCUCCUUCCCUGAUUACUUGUACUUCAAGCACAGAGAUGAGAGUUUAAAAGAAUUACUGGAGAGGAAAAUGGAGAAGCAAGCAAUGCUUUUAGGUAUCUAAGUGGACAGUUUUAAAAUUACAUUUGGAAAAUGGGAGUGAGGCGGUCCAAAUGCAGCUUUCUGCCUGGAUUGGCCUUUGUUGGACAGGAGUGAGGUGCUUGUCCUUACAGAUGGCUCCAGCUACGGUGCAGGGGUGGUUGCCAGCAAUGUAGAAGCGUCUCCCUUCUUUCCUGGGGCCCUUGUGUUUCACACACCCAAGGGCUGCUUCAGUGUUGGUUAGCGUCUCCCAGCUAACAAGCUGUAGAUAUUUUUUUGGUUUCUAUAAUAAGCUGAUAUGAAGGUGUUUAUUUAGAGAUUCUAUUUUCCUUGAAUAAUAGUUGCAAGAAUAUGGUGCUUGGUGUGUUAUCUUGUUAAUGACUAUUUAGGUGAAUCUGUGAAAGUUACAAUAUCUUUCCAGGUAGAUGAACAUAUUAGUAGUUGUAUAUAUAAAAAUCGCCUUUAUUCCAUAAUCAAACAUGCCAGAAACAGCAAGAGGGCGAGUUCUUGAAAGGGACAUGCUCAAGCAGAGGCUGUAGAAAGAAAUUUUCAGAACAGGAAUAAUUUUGACUAAGAAGAAUUAGGUUAUAUUUAAGAUUCCUGCCAGGUCCUGCCCUGUUGGGUCUUAGCUGCCUGG